AACCUACCCUUGAAGUACUCGCACCCCUGCCGCUUCCAAAGUUCCCACACUGUUUGAGGAGGUCCAAUCACACUUAUCACAGGCGCGGCGCUCAAUGUUCUGAGUGUGGAUAUCGGGGUCGUUAGGAUCCACAGUGUUCUUUGUUGUUAAUCAUGUCAUCAUAUGUCCCUUUCAAGGAGAUUGAUCUAACCUCCUUAAACUUGCCAUCACUUAUUAGGGCAACUAUAGGUAGUACAUGAGAUCACCUGAGUGUCCUGCAGCGUAAUCCAUCACACCGUCACGUCCCUUGUCUCAUGCACUGACUUGCCUCCUUCACUUCUGCCCCAUCCUUUCUCUAUUGACUCGCGUGUAUUUAUUUCCUCCAGCUCCACCAGACUUGUCACCCUCCAUCACUUAGCGAGAAGUCUCUAUAUAGUAUGCACCGAUUAUAUUUCAGGCUUACAUCAGCAAUGGCAGAGCAGGAAGAAGAAGUGGAUUACAUGUCUUCUGAGUUCCUGACCCAGUGUGUAGGCAAGGAUGAUGUUCGACCUGGGCUGCUGUUCUCACACUCAUCAAAGCACAAAGCUCAGAUGGAAAAGAGAAAAAGGCAGAAGGACACAGCCCACCAACAAAGAUUUAAAUCAAUCAAGAAAGUCCAAGAGGAGAGGCUGGAGGAAGGACUGAGCACUGCCAUUAGCCAUGACAACAAAGGCUUUUCUAUGUUGCAGAAGAUGGGUUACAAGCCUGGCACCAGCCUGGGGAAACAAAGUCAAGGUAGGCUGGAGCCAGUGGCAGUGGAGGUGAAGAGUGAUCGUAUGGGGCUGGGCUGGCAGCAAAUGAUCACUGACCAUCGCAAGAAACUUCAAGAACGAAAACGUCUCAAGAAACAAAGACAAGAAGUAGAAACUGAUCCAGAAAAAUUUAGGCAAAGGUUGUGUAAUCAGAGGCAAGAAAAGUUUUUGCUACAGGACUUAAUGAAAAGCCAAAGAGUCUGCCACCAGUUGGACUCAAAAAAGGAUCUCACUGAACCAGCAGAGUCUUGGUUUUGGCCAUCGUACAUCCUAAAGGGCACAGAGGAAGAUGCAGAGGAGGAUGACGAGGAAGAGAAGGAUGAGGAAGAUAUUGAAUUUGAGCCUGAAGUAAAGCUGAACAUUCUGACAUCAUAUCUGCGAUCUACUUAUUUUUACUGCAUCUGGUGUGGCACUGUGUAUGAGGAUGAGAGGGAUCUCAAACAAGACUGUCCAGGGCCAACCAGGGCAGACCAUGAUGACUGAUGUCUAAUUUAUUCUACAUUUUGUAAGGCUGAUUCAUCACUAACAAGAAACAACACGAGUAUGAACUCACAUACUAUUAUUUCACAGCACACUUGUUUACAGUGAAGAAAUACUUCUUCCCUGAUGUGACAGGAGGGUACCAAUGAUGUAAUGGGUUCAUAAAUCUCUGGCUUACUA